CCGUGAGCGCGCCUUCCGUGUCGGAUUCGUUCGCUGACAGCCAGCGGUGCGAAUUGGACUCGUCAACGGCUAGCGAUCCACACCUCGUGCUUUAUCACGCAAAUUUCACUCCACGGAUCGUUUUUCCACCUCUUUCAGCCGCCGUUAUAUUUCUCCAAAAUGAAUCCACUGUGUGGCAGAUGUAACCGAGUGGUGUAUCCCACGGAAAAAGUGAAUUGUCUUGACAAGUUCUGGCAUAAAGGAUGCUUUAGCUGUGAAGUCUGUAAAAUGACUCUAAACAUGAAGAACUACAAAGGCUUUGAGAAGAGACCAUACUGUAAUGCACACUAUCCGAAGACAUCAUUCACCAGUGUUGCAGACACUCCAGAGAACCUACGCCUGAAACAGCAGAGCAAGAUGCAGAGCCAGGUUCUCUAUAAGGAAGAAUUUGAGAAGAGCAAAGGAAAAGGCUUCAGUGUUAUGGCUGACACACCAGAAAUGCAGAGAAUCAAGAAAACACAAGACCAAAUCAGCAACAUUAAAUACCAUGAGGAAUUUGAGAGGAGCCGAAUGGGCGGCGAUGCCCCACCUCAUCACCCGCAGACACCUCAACAAAACACAACUCCAGCAUAUCAGCCCCCAGCAGCACCUCAGAACUAUCACUAUGAGCCUGAACCUGUGCGUCCGGCUGCUGCCGCCCCUCCUCCCAGCUCUGGGAAGCGCUACCGAGCAGUGUACGACUACACUGCAGCUGAUGAAGAUGAGGUAUCGUUCCUGGACGGUGACAUGAUUUUGGAUGUGCAGCAGAUCGAUGAGGGGUGGAUGUAUGGAAGAGUGGAGCGUACCGGCCAGCAAGGAAUGCUGCCGGCUAACUACGUAGAGGCCAUCUGAAAAUGAGAGAGAAAGAGAGGGGGGGAGAUAGAUGGAAAGGGAGAAGGGUGUUAAAAAGUGUGUGUGUGUGUGUGUGUGUGUGUGUGUGUGUGGGUGGGGGGGGGCUGAUUUGAGAGAUGCAGAUGAUGAGCCGAGUGCCAUCUCGCCUUUUAAGAUGAUCUCAUCCUGUUCUCCUCUAUUCCUGCACUAACUGUCCUACCAGGGGAUCAACCUCUAUGGUCCAGUUAUGUUCCAAAAGAAACAGUCCAGUAACCACAUACAUAUAUAAUCAGACACACCGACAGUACAUGCAUACACACACAUACACGUAAAUAGUGAAUUAUGAUUUGCUACUUUUCCCCAUAUCUUUCUCUCUGAAUGCACCUCCCUGUCUAUUGCUUUUGUUGCUUGUCUAUCUGUUCGCCUGUCUGACAGUUUGUCUUUUAUUAUGUGUUUCCUCAGUCCUGGAAAGGUGCUGUCACAAGUGGCACUUAAGUCUUAAGACUCACACACAAACAUACACACACAUAUACCACAAAACCACACAGGACUUUAAAAUAUUUAGGGCCUGCUGUUGAGCACUUUGCAGACAUCUCAAACACUUCGCUAUCGUUUGCCAUGACAAUAAGUGAUCUGGUCCCAACCUCAAUUGUCAAAUCUUUUAUUAACUUUGUUUCUGAUCUUAUUUGCAGCCAGUAAUUGUAAUGUAUUCAGUACAGUUUCACAUCUCAUUGGUUGUGGGUCUGUAACGAUGCUUGAACAUGAGACUUCUGGUCAUUCCAAUCAUUCCAUAUGUCUGACCAUUUGCAUCAUGUAGUUAACUGGAAUCUAAAAAAGGCUCGUCUUUUUCAACUCUUAAACAUAAUGAAAGGGGUGGUGCCUUUUUGUUACGACUUACUGUACAUGUUCACUGAAGCUUACCCUUCAUAUUUCCUCCUGCUCUUUACUGAAUGAAUUACUAUAAAUGAGCCUGAUUUUGUUCUGAUGCUCCUGCUUUUAAAAUGACAAUGAAUUUGUGAAGUGAUGUACCUUACUCUUGAUAAAGGGGGGGAAAAAAACUAUGUAGUAACUCAACGAAAGAGGAGCAGGACCACAUUGUAGUACAGUGAGAGAGGAAAGGAUCCCAAGCACAAUUCUAAGGACCAUUUUAGCUAUGAAUUUUAAUCAUUCCAUUGGUUCUGGUCCAUUUCAUUUCUGGAGCAUCCCAUAUGCAUAGAAUGAAACUGUAUCUCAGAGCUGUUCUGUAAGUCGUUAUUGAUGUUUUUGUUUGUUUGUUUUUUUUUCUCAUAUCAUGCUUAUUCUCAUUGCCUUGCUGGUAUUGUAUGAGACGGAAUUUUAUUGUCAAUUUAUCAAUAUCAGUGGAAUAAAACAAAUCUAUUUGUAUACCAAGGCAGGCGGGUUUAUCAAACAGAAGGAAGGAAUAGCUAAUGGAAUUACAAUGUUUUAGAGCCAAGCAUGUAUUUCUCUUGAACAACUGGAAACAAAUGCAGUCUUUUACAUGUUGCUGUGCUGAAGACUAAUGAGAUUCUACUGAUCAUUGCUCUCUUAAAUGCCAAAAUAUAGAAGCAGAGAAUGAUCAAAACAAGUAGUAUGUUGUUUUCUCAAGACACAAUUCUCCCUGUCGUAACUGCAAAAGUCAAAGUAAAAUCUUGGGGUCACUAAUUUCUUUUGGAAAAAAAACCUUGAGAAUUUCCUCAUUAUCUAAUAACAUUUGAAGACCAAUCAUUCACAAAUACUCCAGAGCAUUCUCUUGUACAAAGUGGUCCAGUGCUUUGUAAAUCAUGCUGGUUUGCCCUUUGUACACUUAUUGGACUACCAUUUCAGAUGUAAAAACUGUUGCACAUUUUCAGUAAUGUAAAGUUCUAAUGCUACAUACACUUGUUAGGUUUAUCAGUUAUUUUAAUGUUUUUAUUUCAGCACAUAGUGUAUUGGCAUAAAUUGGAUUUGCAUGCUUUAACAUUUUAAAGGUGCAGUCAGUAAUUCUUUCCUCAUUAAAAAAGUUUAACUCUUAGAGACAUGAAUUGAAAUGUUGCAAUAUAUGUAGGAAAUCAUGAGCACUCACAUUAAAAUGAAGACUUGAGUCAUUACUGUAACCUUUUAAAAGCUGUUUUAUUCUACAUGGAAAGUGUCCGCACAUAUGGGCUGCCAUGUUAGGAUCACAUGACCAGCUGAAUACUACUUGCUGAAUCUCAGUAACCGCCCUGUUAUUGGACACUUUCUCUCUGGGAUUAAAGUAAUCAUGGAUGACUGUGAAUACUACAUUUCUACAAUGGCAUCUGAAGCUGAAAACUAUUGAUUUUAAAUUAUGUUGCAUCCAAGCCACUAGGUGUCACUAAGUCCAAGAUGACAAAAAAUACUGAGUGCACCUUUAAAAAUAAGAAUUUUGUAUGAAAAACUUUUGUAAGAGAAAAUGUGAGACUUUCAGUGUUACAAGAUUGGCAUAUGGAUGCAAAAAUAUCCAAAUCAGUUUUUCUGAAUAAUUCUCUUUUUGGUCCAUCUCCUAAAUCCAGAACAUGCUCUUCUACCUCCAAAAGUCUUAACGAUAUAAAUCAAGAAGUUGAUUAUUAUAUUGUUUAUAUCCUCUUUAGGGGAUACGUGACACUGUUUAGUGUAUGUCUCAAUUUCAGUAAUGGUCAUUAAAAAAUGAUAUUAAUAAACAAACAGGAAGUUUAUUAUAAUAGAACUGGAGUGUGGAAAUUGUGAUGACAAAUGUGAUGCAUACUCUUGGUUCUCCUUGCAUGAAUCUAAACAUUAACUCAGAGUCAACCCACCAGCAGAAGCAGACACAGAUUUGAUGUGAAGAAUGUUCAAAGUGGUUUUGCAAUUACAAUGGAGAUUUGUUUGUUUAUAGAAUACUUGAGAUGUUAUAAAAUGCUAAAUAUGAUUGAUAUAAACAGGCAAUGGUGUACCAUUUUCUGAAGUUGUUAUUUUGAAUAAACAUUAUUCUGAAUGAG